CGGGUCUGAGUUCCUGGAAAUCUAGUGGGAAGGAGUGGGUGAGAGAAAGGGACAAAACAGGUCUGCUUGCUCCGCAUAUUCAGUUUUUUUUUUUUUUUUAAAGAAGUGAGUUAAGUAAGCGGGAGGGAAAAAAGCGAGCAGCUAGCUAAAGUAAACAGGAGAGGGCUAAAGUGACGUAGCAGAAGGCAAUGGGAAAUGUAUGUUCUGGUACUGGAGAGAGAGGGAGGAGAAGGCACAGAAGGAGCCGUAAGUAAAGCGGGACGUUAGUGAGGACCACCCGGAGAGGGAGAGACUGCCCCCAAGGCUAACAACCUGCAAGCUUGAAACAGGUGAUCUGGCUGCUUGGACUGAUCAGAUGAAGAGGAGCUGUCAGCCAAUCAGAGCAGGCAAGAACAUUCCAUCUUGACCUGCAUCGGCCAAUCGUAGCGAAGAGGAACAUUCCAUCUGGUCCUGUAAAUUCCAACAAAGUAUGGUUUCCCUUGGUCCUCUCUGCAUUCCUGCUUGAUCCCUUGAUGAGCACCACAACAGAGGACCACUCAUAUUGCUCACACCACAUCCCUAACAGUCAGCUUCGCUAUGGAAAUGAACCAGCCAAUGGCAAUCAGGGAAAACUACCAAGGAGAAACAGAGAGCACGGAAGAGUCAAAGAAAAAUGGUAGCCUAUUGUUGGCUGGUGGAAUGGCAGACGGUAUGGUGGCGACACAGGAGAGGACAAGCUCUUCUCCCGAUGACUAUCCCACCUCUUCCACCCAAACCCCAGCAGGGGGUGGUGUCAGUGAGGGGGCGCGGGACAGGGGGUGUGUCGGAGCGUACCCCAGAAUGCUGAUGGUCCAGCAGACAAGUUUGGAGCAGCCCAGAGAGACAUGGGAUAAGAAAAUGGAUUUUUUGCUGUCCGUCAUCGGAUAUGCUGUUGACCUUGGAAACGUCUGGCGCUUCCCUUAUAUCUGCUACCAGAACGGAGGAGGUGCAUUUCUCCUUCCCUACAUGUUGAUGGCAGUGUUUGGGGGGGUCCCACUGUUCUACAUGGAACUAGCAUUGGGGCAGUUUCACCGUAGCGGAUGUAUAUCUGUCUGGAGGCACAUCUGCCCCAUCUUCAAGGGUAUUGGCUUUGCCAUCUGUGUCAUUGCUCUCUACGUCGCCUUCUACUACAACACCAUCAUGGCCUGGGCCCUGUACUACCUCCUGUCCUCAUUCCGAUCCACACUGCCCUGGAAAACCUGCAACAAUGCUUGGAACACACCCUCCUGCACCCCCUACACUCCCAACAACUUCAGCCAGUCCUGGUACAACAGCUCCACCUCUCCCACUGAGGAGUUCUUUAUACGGUAUGUGCUACAGGUGCAUCGCUCCCCCGGGCUGCACCAUCUGGGGGCAGUGAGCUGGCAGCUGGCCCUCUGCUUGCUCUUCAUCUUCAUCAUAGUCUACUUCAGCAUCUGGAAGGGGGUGAAGACUUCAGGCAAGGUGGUAUGGGUGACGGCCACCUUCCCCUACCUGGUUCUGCUGGUGCUCCUGAUCCGAGGUGUCACCCUCCCCGGAGCCUGGAAGGGUGUGGCUUUCUAUCUCAAACCUGAUUGGCAGAAGCUUCUCACCACCACGGUUUGGAUAGACGCGGCCGCACAGAUUUUUUUUUCUCUUGGGCCAGGAUUUGGAGUGCUGCUGGCCUUGUCCAGCUACAAUCCCUUCCACAACAACUGCUACAGGGACGCCUUACUGACGAGCUCCGUCAACUGUCUGACCAGUUUCCUGUCCGGAUUCGUCAUCUUUUCUGUACUGGGCUACAUGGCUGAGAUGAGGCAGCAGGGUGUAGAGGCUGUGGCAAAAAAUGCAGGCCCCAGCCUGCUCUUCAUCACCUAUGCAGAGGCCCUCGCCAACAUGCCAGCCUCCACCUUCUUCGCUAUAAUCUUCUUCCUCAUGAUCAUCAUGCUGGGGCUGGAUAGCACGUUUGCCGGUCUGGAGGGGGUGAUCACUGCCGUUUUGGAUGAGUUUCCCCAUGUUCUGGUGAAGCGGAGGGAGUGGUUUGUUCUGGGUCUGGUGUGUGUCUGUUACCUUGGAGCCCUCUCUACCCUGGCAUACGGAGGCGCGUAUGUGGUGAAGCUGUUUGAAGAGUAUGCCACUGGGCCGGCAGUUAUCGCUGUGGUCUUCCUGGAGGUCAUAGCUGUCUCCUGGUUCUAUGGUAUGCCUCGGUUUUGCAGCGAUGUCCAUAUGAUGCUUGGAUUCUCCCCAGGCUGGUUUUGGAGGGUGUGUUGGGUGGCCAUUUGUCCCACUUUCCUAAUGUACAUAAUUGGCAGUUUCCUGGCAUUUCCUCCGGAAGUGAAACUGUUCAACUACCUCUAUCCACCAUGGACCACCGCGAUUGGCUACUGCAUUGGAGUCUCCUCCCUUAUCUGCGUGCCAGCAUACAUGGUGUACUACCUUCUUACCACCCCAGGGACUUUCAAACAGCGGCUUUUGAAAGGCAUCACUCCCGAGCCUGGAAGUGAGCGGGGACACCGGAGCACAAUCAUCGCCAAUGCAGUCUGAUCCCGAUGAUGACAAUGUCGCCCUCCUCUGGAAACAAGGAUGAACUGCAAGAAAGAGACUACCUGCUGCCCCCUGUACAAUUCUUUAUUGAUGCAAAUAUUGUGACAGUGUGUAACCAGGAUUGCCAUUCUGGGGUGGGGUCCAAAAUUUAGGGAUUGGGAAUUAGUAUGGAAGUCAGUGAAAGAAGGUGGAUUAUAAAAAUUGGGUUUGGGAGAUGUUUUAUAUUUGGGGAAAUGAAAUCCCUGGCAUCUGGCAAACACCUCAUUGUAGCACACCAUUCUCUUAGAAUAAUUCUCUACAUGUGACGGUCAGUUCAGUGCCACUGAUAAAAGAGAUUCAGCUUCUUAGUUUCCUCGCUAAUACUAAUGUUGUCACCAAUCUUACUUACUGUUAUAAACUGUGGUUUUACCAUUUCCCCAAACAGGUGAUAUCAUCACUAUUCACUUUAUGGAAGCUACCCCUUUUUAUUUUUAUUUUUAUAUCUUUUAAAAACACAAAUUUUGUUAUCAAUACACAAUGUACUUAUGCACAGGCAAACAUACUGUACAGGGAACAGAGAUUUAAUAUAUGAAAUAGAAGAAUAUUUAGUCAGAUACAGAUCUCUAUACUAUUGAGUUAUUCUCAUUUAAUGCUUACUUUUAUUAUUAUUAUUAUUAUUAUUAUUACUAUUAUUAUUAUUAUUAUUGUUAUUAUUAUUAUAGUACUGAAGAAAACAAAAUAUAAUAAUGAUGGUGAUAAUGGCAUUGACAAUGAUGACCAGGACUGUUAUGUUUUUCCUUGUUAUUCAGCACUGUGUUUUUUAUGAUAUGGGCAAUGAUAUUUUCAUUUCAAACAGAAGUACUAGUAUACCAGCACAUAUAAGCAUACAAAUGUAUUUGUGUCUUUUCUGUAAGGGCAUAUAUGUGAAUCUGGUGUGUGGCAGUUCCAGAGAGCAAACACAUGAUUGAGCAAGAGGGGGGGUGUCACUGAGAGAAAAUUGUUUUGUGUGUGUGUGUGUGUGUGUGUGUGUGUGAGAGAGAGAAAGAGAGAGAGCGAGAGAGAGUGAGAGAGAUCAGUUCAUGUGCAUUUCCGUGUUAUACUGUAUGUAGAGAUAUCUCUCCAUACCAGCUGUUUAUCUGUGUAUUUCUCAUAACAAUAGUAUCCUGUGAAAUAAAAAAGUAAAUACUUCAGCGUUCCGAGUUUACAGUACCUAUGAUUUGUAUAAGACUGAAAAAAAAAAAAAAAACUAUGGAGGAAAUAUAUACGUACAUAAGAUCAUCUGUAUUAUAAGAGAAAAUAAAUAAACUGAGUGUGUAAAACAG